GUCGUUUCUAAUUAUGAUCAUUACAAUCACAAAAGACUCCAAGUCCCUAUUACCGACCAUUUUCGAUUGAGGCAAUAGACGGCGCAGUCAUGUCCGAAAAGAAGACCCUUCAUCUUGUCGGAAUUGGGGUUGGCCACUCCAUCGCGCCCCCGAUGCACAAUCUCAUCGCAAAGUCCAUGGGCUUGCCAUGGACGUUUUUCGCUACCGAAUGCGUUACAGAGAAAGAGCUCGUCUCCCUAGCCCGGGACGACUCGACAAUCGGACUGGUCGUUACCAUGCCAUACAAGAACGUCAUCGCCAAACACCUCGAUGCUCUUGAUGAGCUGGCUGCCACUAUCGGUGCCUGCAACAACGUUUACCGUGAUCCCAAUGAUCCAAGUAAACUACGCGGAACCAACACUGACUGGCUGGGUAUCAAGGGGUGCCUGCUGGAGACUCAGGGUGCGACAGAACCUGUACUGCACAAGCCUGCCCUCAUCGUUGGGGCUGGAGGCGCUAGCCGCGCUGCCGUAUAUGCACUCAGCACAUAUUUCAAAUCAUCGGUUGUUUACGUGCUGAACCGAGAAGAGGGCGAAGUAACGGAUCUCAUUCGCGACUCGCAGCGAUUGUCUUCAGCCCCAAAGAUCAUCCACGUCAAGCCAGGGCAGGCUACAGAGCUUGAAACGCCCUACUACGUCGUUGGGACCGUUCCCGAUCUGGAACCUCAAACUCCAGAAGAGAUGGCGGUUAGGGAUUCGUUGGAAGAGUUCCUCUCUCGGCCAGCCAAGGGAGUCUUGUUGGAUAUGUGCUUCAAGCCACGCCGGACGAGGAUGAUUAAACUAGCUGAGAAGCACAACUGGCCUGCGGUGGAAGGGACUCAUGUAAUCGGGCACCAGAUUGAGACGCAAUGGAAGUUGUGGGCUGGGGAAGAACUUGUCAAGAAGAUGGACAGGGAUGGUGCCUGGAAAUUGUUGUUGGAGAUGGCAGAACAGAGUCCUGGUAUCAACUUUUAGAUAUAUGUCACCUUCAAUAGACCCCAAGGAGCUACUCACUGCCAAGAGUCC